AUGUCUCUAUAGUUUGGUGUACCUACCAAUACCAUUACCAAACCCAAAAUCCCAUUACAACAAGUGUUGUAGGCACGGCACGCCUUGGGAAAGAACAAGAAAGCAAGCAUGGCUGCUUCAUUAGAAGAUGUUCCUUCAGAAAGCCUCAUGUCUGAAGUUCUCCGCCGUCUGAGAUGUUCUUCUAAGCCUAACAAACGACUCAUUCUCAUAGGUCCACCGGGAUCCGGAAAAGGUACACAAUCUCCUAUCAUAAAGGAUGAAUACUGCUUGUGCCAUUUGGCCACCGGUGAUAUGCUCAGAGCUGCUGUUGCUGCUAAAACUCCACUCGGGAUUAAGGCCAAGGAGGCUAUGAACAAUGGUGAACUUGUGUCUGAUGACUUAGUUGUUGGUAUAAUUGAUGAAGCAAUGAAGAAACCUUCAUGUCAAAAAGGCUUCAUUCUUGAUGGUUUCCCAAGGACAGUGGUUCAAGCAGAAAAGCUAGAUGAGAUGCUUCAGAAGCAGGGGGCCAAGAUUGAUAAGGUGCUCAAUUUUGCAAUUGAUGAUGCAAUCUUGGAAGAGCGGAUCACAGGCCGGUGGAUUCACCCUUCAAGUGGUAGAUCUUAUCACACCAAAUUCCAACCCCCAAAAGUCCCUGGCGUUGAUGAUGUCACUGGAGAGCCUUUAAUUCAACGGAAAGAUGAUACUGCUGAGGUUCUCAAAUCAAGGCUAGACGCAUUUCACCGUCAAACUGAGCCGGUAAUCAAUUAUUAUUCCACCAAAGGUGUUGUUGCAAGCCUUCAUGCUGAGAAACCACCAAAGGAAGUUACUUCUGAGGUUAAAAAUGUGUUAUCUUCUUGAAAAAGAUCAUCUAUCACAAGAAAAUUGAGACAUUUUUUUU